UCUUCAUUAUUGAGCAGUGCUGUGAUGUUUUUGGUAAUACUGAUGAAGCUCCAGUUUCAACACGAGUCUCUCAAUUCUUUACCCAGCAGUAAUUGAGAAUGCUGGGAUCAAAAUGCCUUCUUCUGGCAGUGUGCACGCGUAAUCUGUCCAUCUGAACACCCACUUCUUGUCAGCAGCACACACCGAUUUGAUGACUGCGGCGCUUCUAGGACUUUAACCAGGAAAAACUUCAUUCAAUAAACCCGGUCGGUCUAGGCUUUUCCAACAGUUGACUGAGAUCGCAAUUAACUCAAUCUCAUAAUACUUCAGAAUAUUCUGAAGGGAUUUUGUGACAUUCGAAGUUAAUUUGUAGAGUAUCCAUCCAGCUUGGCUCAUUUGAGCUUUGGGGAAACCUGGACCGUACCGGACGACAGGGAGCUAUCCAUUAUUAGCUAAAGAUCAGAUUGCAAUGAGGCAUGAUCCGAAACAAUAAUGCGCAUGUCGAUCAAACAGCCCCUUCCUGGUUCUUAUUAUGAUCAGCGUAGCAAACAGGGAAACGGAAGAGAAAAUCGUGGAAAGUUGGGAGGUAAAGGAGCAGCUUAACGUCAUCGUAACUACCAAUGUACAGCCUAGUCUAUACAAGGAGAAGAAAGGGGGGUUGGUUAGGAAAACAAAACCCACGGUUUUAAAUGCCUUGUGGGUGGGUGCACGUUCUCAAGGCCGUUUUCAUUCACCCUCCCUUACCGGCGGUCAAAUCUGGAAUGUGGCAAGGCUGAUCCGAGAAAACGGUCAGAGCACAAUAAUAAUAAUAGUUAGUUGGGAAAAGAAAUACAGAAGCGCACCUAACGCUUUUCUGAAACAUGAAACCGAAACACAACAAUCAUUUGCUGAGCGUGUUUUCUUGCGUGCUUUGAACCAUUAUUCCCUCUUCGGCUCUCAAUCACAGACGCUUGCUGUUCGGGUUGCAGCUCCUACGAAUCGUUUCGCAGGACGUUAACCGACUCUCAGGUAGGCUAGAAAUGCUUGAAAGGAAACAAUAUGAGAGCACUGCUGGUCGUUUCGUGUAGGAGGCGCACAAUCAAUUUUCAUCUGAGUGACAAUGCAAAUAGAGCAUAUAUGUCCUUGAAGAGUGGGGGGGACAGGAAGGGUAAAGGGAAAGAUCGGUUUUCUUCCUCUCUCUUUUUUUCCAUUCCAUUCUUCUCUUUUCUAUGCUUAAUGGGCACUAGUAGUGACCGCGGAUCCCAAAGGGUGCUCAUCCCAUUCCAUGCGCAAGCGUUUUCUAGAAUUUUGUGAUGACGGCAAGAGUCGUUACGCACACGUUGCGAUGCGAGGGGAGUCUGGGAUAUGAAAUAACCCAAACCCAAAUAUAUCCCUGAACCACUAAUGCCAGUCUCGUGCAGGCUGGGAUGGCUAAAUAUAGAGCAGUUAUGGUUGCAAUCAACGAGGCCAAGGCUUCCAAGGGUGGUUGGAUGGCUUUCGGGGCAGGUGGAUAGUGAGUGAUGAUUGGCCGCAGCAGGAAUCGUUCCGGCGGCUACAGCCGACAGGACAGGCCAAUGGAAUGUGUCCGACGAGGUCCAGCGAAGCAGCACGAAUGGUCAACGGCAACAGGCGUUAGACAAGUGAAUCUCUGUUGUAUAAGCAUGACUCUGUCUCUGCUGCCUCAGGUCCCUGGGUAAACGUGUAAUCCGGGCCUUGAGUACUCCACCGACCCGACCGCACCCUUGUCCAGCUGUCCCUUCGACCUCCUUUGGCCCUGGAACUCCCGCCCAGAGGCUAGAGAGCAAACGUAACGGGCUGUGGACUUGUGGUUGGCUCCCUGCAGCGCGACCUAGCGCUAAGACCCUGGCCUGCUCAUCCUGGCUGGCUCGCGUCUCGCAUGUCUUGUCAUAUCGUGUAUUAUUGUAUGGUAUGGUAUCCGUGUUUGUUUGUGUUCUGUAACGUCCGAUGCGGCUGCUUGCUCUGCUCCAUCUCUCGUCUCCCUCAACUUAUCCUCCUCCUCCUCCUCCUCCUCUUCUUCUUCGUCGUCUCUCCUCUCCUCUCUUCUUCUCCACAACGUCGUCAUCAUUAUCACCUCCUUCCUCCCCUUCAAACUUCUAUACUCCUUUUCUCUUCUCUUCUUCUCGUCUCCUCUUCUCCCAGACACUGGCUGUUUGGCCUCCUGUAUUGCCCUUCCCCCUCCAUCCCACUCCUGCACACUCUGGUUCCAAGCAUCCAUCCAGUCUAGAAAUACCCCCUUCCUCUAGGCUUGCAAACUUGCUUACUGGCCAACCCCUUUUGAUCCCCCUCUCCUGAUUCCAGAUUGUCUGGUGUCUCUCCUGUCGGCACUCCACUGCCCAUUCUCUGCUGCUACUCUCUUCACUUCUUCUACUUUCCUUUCAUUUCAUUUCAUCCCAUCCACCUUGACGAGGUUACACUAUUUCACUUACGCACUUUCGAGUCUUUCCCGGGUGGAAACGACUUGUCCCACGGCUCAUCGCGAGCCCCAGCCAUUCGGCCAUUCAGCCAUCUAUCCAGCCAUUCGACCCUCCCGAUCCACAUCCCCUAAUUUCCCUAACAAAGGGUUUCGCCCUUGACCGACUAUCCACCUCCAUUUCGAAGCGGGCGCCCUCCCGGAAAGUCGUUUAUUAUACGAUUGUUAUUGAAGAAACCCAAGGGCAAACACUUUAACGAUAAGUACCACGCAUUGACAGCCCAAUAUAACGCAUAACCUAAUGGCAUAUCUGGAACCGUUGCUGGUCUGAGAUAUAAGUUUAUUGCGACUUGGCUGUUGGGGCCAAGAGUGUUUUGCUGGGCCUUCUUUUUGCCCUUGUUUCUGUUAAGAUACUAAGAAUAUCCACCAUCGUUUGCGCAGGUGGCAGGUCCAAAAGCCCUUUAUUUCCAGGACGUCCAAUGUGGCAUCCAUAAUACGGCAAUGUCGUUAGAGAUGCUGAAUGAGCACAGCAACUGCCCACAGAUUGGUUCAACGAAACGCAGAUCUAGUUCUCUCUCGCGGUCGGACAUACCCGCCCAGCCAGCCUCUCCCUCGCUCUCUUCGUCGUUUCCCUCUUUCAUGUCUACAAUUGCUGCUGCAACUGCUGUUGCGGAUGGGUCGAGUUAUUAUUACAAUGAGGGAAGAGAAAAGAAGCGCUUGGGACCAAGGAUAAUCAUGGAUGCGGGCGGCUCAACGACGGCACCGUCAAUUGCAUCCGCCUCAGCCACUUCCACUGCCCCCGUCAAGGCUACAGCGGUAGGGUAUGGUCUAAGCCGUCCACGGACCGCUGGCUCAACAGCACUUAAUCCUCCCCAGAUACCCUACCAAUAUCUACCACGCGAAAACCUGUCCAUUGCAUCCGGAUCGACAGACUCUUCCCCCACCACUACUAUCUCCACUUUUGAUUCCCCUGUCGUCCAGGACGCUUCUCCAAGCUCUUCACCGGAGUCCCCUUCCUCUGUUACGCCUCUUCCAUCGCUUAAACCCAUGACACGUAUUACGAAUGGCGAUCGACUGGCUGCCCAGUUAAGCGCUGAGUCGUGUUUCAGACCGAACCAACCCUUCUCUACUCAACAUCAUCCUCAGCCGGAGUCUCCAACACGCAGAGCUCGAAAUUUGAAGAAUUUAUCGCUUAAAUUACCCCCGACUGCGUCCUCUCGUCAAGCCAUAGCUACAGCCCCCAUCAGAAACAACACGCCUAAUAUCUCAGCGCCCGCAUCUCCCAUACAAUCUAGUACCAGGUGUUUACGUCGCAAACCUCCAAAUCUUACGAUACAAACUGACCGAUCCUUUUCUUCUAAUAUUUCAGAGGUUGUUCCUCCUACUCCAAAUACCCGACCCACCCUUCGACAUAUCGAGUCGUCACCGUCACUCAACUCCAUAUUCUCUCCAACAGCGCCAAGUAAACCUUCUCUUGCGCUUCCGGGUUCAUUUUUCCAGUCUUCGAAACGGCCCAUGCCAGGCGCUUGGGAAGAUCGCGUUUCACUGGAUCGACCAUCCCCUUCUGCACAACACAUAUUUUCCAGUAGGGAAGCUUUGCAUGAGCUUGUUGAGGAAGAGGAUAACCUAGCUUCACGUGAAUCGCAGAAGGGUAGCGAUAAGGGUUAUCCGGAUGGACCUAUUUUAAUAUAUGACACCGGCCUCUACCUCUACCUGGAGCCAAGCUGCGAGGAAGCUUCAAAAUUUGAUGUCGUUAUAAAUGUCGCCAAGGAGGUUACAAACCCGUUCACAAACGCAGAACUGAAACAGGAUACUGUCGUCUCGGUAUGGAAGGCUACAUUACCUGAUGCGCAGCGACAAUCCGUGGCGGAACCUGAUACUGCCCUGUCAGAAAUUUCUUUCAAGUCUGCUUUCGAACAUCAGCCCAUAGGGACGGAGUCGCCGGCAAGCCCAAGGCGUCGCCCAUCUGAGCCAGAGUACAUACAUGUACCAUGGGAUCACAACUCUGAAAUUCUCGACGACUUAUAUCCUCUUUGCGAGGUGAUCGAUAACAGGAUUUCGCAAGGGAAAAAAGUCUUGAUCCAUUGCCAACUUGGCGUCAGCAGAUCCGCGUCGCUGGUCAUCGCAUAUGGUCUGUUUAAAAAUCCCGAUAAAGACUUCAAUGCGAUGUACAGCAUUGUAAAGGGUAGGAGUUGUUGGGUUGGGCCGAAUAUGAGUUUGAUUUAUCAACUGACUGAUUUCCGGACACGGGUUCAGCAACGGGGCCCUUCCCGAUCUCCUCCGGCUGAAUGGUUUGAUGGAUCCCUAGAUGCGAAAGCAUCUACCACCCAACCAGAAGCUCAAGGGAAUUCUUCUUUAAUUUCAAAACCCCCACGACCCCCAGUCCCUCUCUUCGACGCAGUCGUCAGCAAUUCAAAAAACUCAACGACAUACCCAUUCACCAACCCCUUUAGCUGGACAGGCUCACACACAUCAUCUUCAAACUCAACAUCAUCCGCAUCGGCAAUUACGAGCCAACAGCGUCGAAACGUCUCCCCACGCCCCCUACCUCUCCGCGAACAGUACCAGACAAUCCACUCCCUCCGUCGUCCUCGUCAGGACAACUCCAUCCCGUCCCACCGAACCUUAUCUCGAACCUCCGUCCACCAAAUGGACCUUGUCAUGCAAGACGUUCCCGCAACGCCAUCCAUACUCUCACCCCGCGCCGCUGAGUUCUGGACAACCCCAUUCUCCCACACCCGCACCGCCGCGGGUGAUCUCGCCUGUCGUCUCGACAGUACCAACAAGAAUGAUUCCAAUCCUAGUGGCAGUGGCAAUCGUGUGUCGAUAGAGGUUAUGUCCCCUGUCGUUCGCGCCUGUCACUCACCACCUCCAAACGCUGCGGAUCCGCGGUCACCACCGCAACAACGGCGGGAACCAGUUAUUAUGAGAAAUAUUGAUGAAUUUCUUUGAUACCAUUUUUUUUUUGUUCUGUUUGUUUUUCCUUUAGCUUUUGUUGACUUUCUUAUUAUUGCUGCAGUUUGCAUGUUGAGCGGUGCCGACAAAAAGGGGAGGAGAGGAUGUAAUGAGAGAUUUGAGAUAUUCGGGGGAUGAGGGCAAAGAAAGUAGCUGGGAAACCCCCCCCACCGGCCCCCCGCCCCCCUCCCCCACGCCCUCUCAUUUCUAUUUCCUUCUCGUCUUCCUUUUCGUUUGCCCUUUUUUCUUAAUUCUUCCGUGAUAAUUUGUUGUUGGGCAGCUGGAAAACACGCCCGCAAAGCGAGGGACGGCGUUCUUGGUGAGAUCACAAUAAUCUGGGUCUUUUUUUUAAUUUUAUUUUUCCGUUUUUGGCCUUUCUCUCUUUUUUGUGUGCUGUAUGGUGCAUUAUAAGGGAAAAUCCAUAAAUUAUUAUUAUAUAAUUUUGGCGGAGGUAAAGAAAAAGGGGGGGAAGGUUUUUUUUCUCUCUUUUAUCUUUGCAUCGCUCUUUCCUUUUUCUUUUCUUUUCUUUUCUUCUCUUCUCUUUUCCUUUCUUUCUUUUCCUUUUCUUUUUGUUCUUAUUAUUUUCACCUUCCCCCUCUUGUUUUGGCUGUUGGUUGAUAUGAAAUGAAAUGAAAUGAAUGAUUUAAUCUCUUUUUUCUCUUUUUUACAAAAGAACCACUCACUUUUGAGCUGAAAUGAGAUAUGAUUAUGACUUAAAAUGGGAUUAAAGUCAGUGAGAUAUAGCACAGGUAUUAAUAUUAUAUAGUCUUUUAUAAAAAAAAAAGAAAGUCCACCUUCUCUUUGAUUUUUACAUUUUCUGAAGGGUGUCUAGCAGCAGGCUUUGGUGUUUGCUUUGUUCUUUUUUUACACUCAAUGUCAGUUUACUGCUAUUUAUGAGUUUGAUGUUUCAUCUCAAAGUCUUCUUUCUAAGAAUUUUGUUGUGCAAUAGUUUUCUUUUUGAUAUCUUGUUUCUUUGUCAAAAUGAAAAUCAAGGUAUUAACUAGAAUAAAGAAAAUAAUAUGUGAAGAGUCUGCUUAGCUUUAAUAGAUGUUAAAUAUAAAAGAGAGAGCUAAGUUUCAGAAUGAGAAUAUAAGAAUGUUUCUUGGAAAGACUCAUGUUCAUUUCACAAAUGCAUGACUUCUUUUUGGAAAUGCUUUGUUUCAUUGAGAGUGUACUCUGAUAUUUCAUGUGUUUGAGAAGUGAAUAUGAGAAUGUUUCAAACCUCUUUUUUAUGUCAGGACUGGUGAAGAAUGAGAAUAAUAAAUGUAAUUAAACAUGUUUCAGAGCUAGUUUCCAAGAAAUAUGACAGAUUAG